UUCCUCCUUGUCUCUUUUUUUCUCCUCUCAAAUUUAUUUCACUGUAUUAUACUCCUUGAAUAAUAUCUUCAAGCCCUAAUCUUUCCGAUUACUACUUAUACUCUUACUACCUCUACCACUACGGGAUUUGAAUCGACAACUGCAUCUCUGUGCUAAUAUGGUGUGGUAAGUCGAACUGAUUUACGUACGUACGUAGUUCUACGUUGUUACUGGCUGACUGACUUGUUUAAACCUUGUGAUAGUAGUGUAGUUCACCCUUGUACUAGGAACACUUAAUGAUUGAAGACCUGCUAAACAAUAUGAUGUAAAGUUGAAAGCAGUGGAUAUUUUACUCUGUUCGUUACUGGUUUUACAUUAUCCACAUCGUCAGUUCGUUUGUCUUCAGUAUACUAUAUUGGGUUCCAUGUUAUGCUUUUUUAUCACGUAUGAUUGUGUAGUCGAUAUUUUACGGUAGCAUAACUUUUCUGGAUUGAAUUUUCAGUCUCAUACUUGUACUGUCGACAUUUCUGAUCAGUUAUUUAAUUCUUUCUUUUUCGAAUAGUUAUUAGAAGACCUACAAUGACCUUGUUUUAAAUGAGUGUCUUUUUCGCGCCUCGAGGUUUAAAAUGUAAUUUAAAACAACAACUCCCAGCAAAUUGUGACUUGACAAAUGAACAACUCUUAUUAUUACAUAAUAUAUUUGGUGAUUUAAUCAUGAAAGCAUUAUUGAUUAUUGAAUGCGGUUCAAUAACUAUCGAACGAUCCAAAUCAUCUCAGCAUCAAUUAUUUCGAGUAGAAUCAGGUUCUGGUUCGGUUAGUUACUGUUCAAAUUACACACGUUAUUGUCGUUGUUUUAAUACAAUACAGAAGUAUAUUAAUCCUUUAUAUGAAUUAUGGUGUGAACAUAAUCUUGCUAUAUUUCUAGCUGAAAUUAUGGGCAAAACAAAAGUGGUUUAUCUAAAUGAUGAUAUAGUUUGUCGAUCUUUAGAAAUGUUAUAUAGCAAAGAUAUCACUAGUACUAAUGCUUCCGUUGUUGAAAGUUCCAGUUAAAGUUUUCCUCUUAUAUGUAUUGCUCUUUAUUGGAAAAUAAAGAAAACUUUUUUUUGAAAUUAAAUUUUUCUCAUUAUCUUUAAUAAUCUUUGGGAGACGUCGCACAAUGUAUACAAAUUCCAUUGAAAACUGGUGUAGUGAAUUAUUUUCACGAUGGUUUCUAAGUCAGUCAAUCAGUCAGUCAGCUACAACGUAGGACCAGGCACAUAUAUGCAUCGAUCCACGUUGCCAUACUGCACUAGCACAGCAAGAUGAACACUGAAUUCAUAAAAGUAGUUACUUCAAUGAUGGUAAUUUAUAAAAGAAAG